UGUGUGUGUGUGUGUGUGUGUGUGUGUGUGUGUGUGUGUGUGUGUGUGUGUUCUGGUUACAGCUCAUGCGUUCAUUCCACACUCUGUGUGGUUGAGCCGUGUAUAUCGAUGUCUGAGAUGUGAGUUCUGCAGUGGCCUUGUCGGAUGGUGUGUAAGGACAUUUCUGCAGAAACCAUGUAUGAUGUGCUCCAUGACAUUGAUUAUCGGCGAAAAUGGGACUCGAACGUGAUCGAGACCUUUGACAUCGGCAAACUGACGGUGAACGCGGACGUCGGCUACUAUUCCUGGAAGUGUCCUAAACCUCUGAAGAAUCGUGAUGUGAUCACUCUGCGUUCCUGGCUGCCUAUGGGGAAUGAUUACAUCAUCAUGAACUACUCCGUCAAACACUCGAAAUAUCCCCCAAAGAAGGACAUGGUGCGGGCCGUCUCCAUCCAGACGGGUUACCUCAUCCAGAGCAAUGGUCCUUCCAGCUGUACCUUAACUUACCUGGCACAGGUUGACCCUAGAGGUUCUCUCCCGAAGUGGGUGGUGAAUAAGUCUUCCCAGCUUCUGGCUCCUAAAGCGAUGAAGCGUAUUGCGCGGGCGUGUGUGAAGUACGGCGAGUGGAAGCAGAAGCACAGUCCGGGCUUUAAGCCGUGGCUUUACCCGGAGCAGAGUCGUCUGAGCAGCAUGGCUCUCUCCGAGCUCUCUCUGCAACACGCCGACUCGCUCGAGAACAUCGACGAGAGCGCACUGAGUGAGAGCAAGGAUGAGCGUGCUGAACACAGUGAUGAUGACUGAGACACACACACAUGCAUAUAUACUGACACACACACACACACACACACACACACACCCACGCAUAUAUACACACACACUCUUAAGGACAUUAACAUGAAGCACACAUUAAGGACACUAAACAUGACACAUGUAGAGUACAAAUGCAGAGUAGGGAGAGGGAUAUGAACGCGCGCGCGCACACACACACACACACACACACACACACACACACACACACACACAAUGUGUUUGAUUCAUUAGUGAAUUAGUGAGCUGUCGGAUCUACAGUGUGAGUGUUACAGGAGAAGAUUUAAUGCAGCAUUGUGUUUAACCAAUCAGGUGAUCAGGAACAUGGUCCAACUGGAAACCUUUUAGUGUCUAACAAUACAGAAAAGUAAAUCAUUUCAAUCUCUUUGUUAUCCCUCUCCUUCUCCCUCUCCUUCUCCCUCUCCUUCUCCCUCUCCUUCUCCCUCUCCUUCGGAUGAGGUUUCUUCCCUUGUUACAGCAUGUAGUGACGCUCUACAAACACAGAGGGCACUGUGAACACACGCAUACGCACAGAGUUCUGUAACGGUGCCACUAAAGUGAAAAUAAAUAAAUCGGAUUUCUGUCCAGGAGUUUUGGCAA